AUGUUGGGGGAGCCCGGCCGUGCUGAUGCCCCCCACGGCCCAUGUCCCCCCCAGUACCUGGGCCACGCGGAGGUGGACGAGUCGCGGGGGAUGCACGUGUGUGAGGAGGCUGUGAAGAAGCUCAAAGCGAGCGGCCGCAAGGCUGUCAAGUCGGUGCUGUGGGUAUCGGCAGACGGGCUGCGCGUCGUGGACGACAAGACCAAGGACCUGCUCGUGGACCAGACCAUCGAGAAGGUGUCAUUCUGCGCCCCCGACCGCAACUUCGACAAGGCCUUUUCCUACAUCUGCCGCGAUGGCACCACGCGCCGCUGGAUCUGCCACUGCUUCCUGGCCCUCAAGGACUCCGGCGAGCGGCUGAGGCCCGCC